CCAAAGUAACACAAAUAGUAGUACUUAUUCAUAAUUAAAUUUCCCUGUUCUUCUAGUCAUGUACGAAACUCGCCAAAACAAACCAUAAAAGCAACUACUAGCACUACCUCUCAUAAAUCUCAAUCCGCAGUCAUGCCAGACAACCCACAAUCUCCAACAAGCUGGCCGGAGAUGGAUCCCGGGAUCUGGAGCCGGACGCCGGAGGAGAUUCUUGACCUUGUAUUAUCUUUCUUGCCGCUUAAAACAUUCUUGAAUCUCCGAUCGACCUGUAAGCGUUUCAGCUCUCUUUUAUUCUCGCCGUCGUUUAUGUCUAAACACACUUCUUCCGGCGGCGGUUCGCUCUCUUCUUUUCUUUUACUUUCUCACCCUCAAUUCUAUCACCGUUAUUGCUUGUACGAUUCUAUGCUUAACACGUGGCGUAAUUUGACGUUAUCACUCUGUUUUUUAGUUCCUUCGUCUGUCGUCAAUUGUAUUACAGAGUCUUGUACUCUUAUUUCCAGCUCCCACGGUCUCUUUUGUUUCUCUGUUCCUAAUUCAAAUUCUUUUCUUGUCUGCAAUUUCUUGGCUAAAUCUUCGAGGUUUAUCGAAUUCCCAAUCUACCCUUUUACUUUUGAGUCCCUCACUUUUGUUUCAACGCCAUUCGGGUACAAAAUUUUCGUACUCUGCUCAAAAAUUUCGUAUAUUUCAGCUUUUAUUUACGACUCAACAGUCCAUAUCUGGCAAACGUUUGAUGUUUUAGAGCCAAUUUUAGGCGACAAUUGUCAUCAAGAAGGCGUAUUCUUUAAUGGGUCCUUGUAUUUUACAACUCCGGAGCCGUUUUCAGUGGUUAGUCUGGACUUUGAAAGCAGAAAAUGCAAGAGAUUUGGGAAUGAAUUGCCGGGUGAGCUUACUUUUGCUAGGCUUGUGAGUGACGAUGGUGAAGGGAAACUGUAUCUAAUUGGUGGAAUUGGAAGAAAUGGGAUUUCAAAAAUGAUGAAAUUAUGGGAAUUGGGUAAUGGAGGGAAUUGGGUUGAAAUUGAAAGUUUGCCUGAGAUGAUGAGUAGGAAAUUUUUCUCAGUGUGUUAUCAUAAUUAUGAACAUGUGUACUGUUUUUGGCAUCAGGGGAUGAUUUGUAUUUGCUGCUACACGUGGCCGGAGAUAUUGUAUUUCAAGGUGUCGAGAAAGACAUGGCAUUGGCUGCCGAAAUCACCUUCCUUGCCUGACAAGUGGAGCUGUGGGUUCAGAUGGUUUUCUUUUGUUCCGGAGCUCUAUGCUUUAGUUUGACUCAUCUUCGUGUAUUUCUUUUGAAAAUGUCUCAUUGUCUGUGUUUGAGCUGUUGUAUUUUGAUGUGUGUGUCUUAAGUUAGUAGCUCAGAUGCAAAUGCCUUGUUUGGAUUUGGAUUUCCUUUUUACGGGUAUACGGAAUGUUGCCGGUUAAUUCUCGUCACACUAUUGGAUUACGGACGGAUUUUUUCCGUUGAUAA